AGUCGUCACUUCCACACCUUGGUAGUAAUUUCGGGGCAUAAUCGCACGAUGCUUUAUACUUGACUCUUGACUCUGGAUUAAGUUGAGUAAAGCAACAGCAUAGUAUAAAACUACAACGCCAAAACUGACGAAGCUUCGCUCAUUUCUAUGGCGUGUGAAACACUGGGUCCCACACUUCCUCCAUUAAAAUAACCUUCCAAGUUACUUACCCUUUUCUAAGUCUGCUUCACACUCACAUUUUAUCUCUCCUCUUCUCAUCAAAUCACCGAAAAUCCUCCCAAUUUCUAUUCAUCGGUGCAAUUGGCGCGAAAUUUCAACUAGUUAGAAAUAAGUCAUUCUUCAUAAGGAAUUUUCGCUUUGGAGGUGGUGGUUUUAAAGGUGGGAAGAUAAGAAAAAGAGAAACAACUUUGCCUACAUUAUGCUAACAAAUUACCGAUUGACAUUCGUACCCUCGAAAUGCAUAUGAAGAGGUUUGAAUAGAUUCUGAUUUUCCUAUAUUCGGAUCUGCAAUGAAGCUGCUUUGUUCCUCAUGUUUCCUAAUACGGGGAAAUUUUGGAGUCAUGCGGCUUUCUCUUUUACUUAUACUGCUAUUAUUGGCCGGAAAAGGAGCAUUCUCAACUUCCAAUUAUCUAGUUGGGCUUGGGAGCUAUGACAUCACAGGACCGGCAGCUGAUGUAAAUAUGAUGGGAUAUGCAGAUACAGCACAAAUUGCAUCUGGGGUUCAUUUUAGGUUGCGUGCUCGCACAUUUAUUGUGGCAGAACCUCAAGGAAAUCGUGUAGCUUUUGUGAAUCUAGAUGCUUGUAUGGCCUCACAACUUGUGACUAUCAAAGUUCUUGAGAGGUUGAAAGCAAGGUAUGGGAAUCUGUACACUGAAAAGAAUGUUGCUAUCAGUGGAAUUCAUACACAUGCUGGUCCCGGGGGUUAUCUGCAGUAUGUUGUAUACAUUGUCACUUCUCUUGGAUUUGUGCGCCAGUCCUUUGAUGCUCUUGUUGAUGGCAUUGAGCAGAGUUUUAUACUAGCUCACGGAAAUCUGAGACCUGGUCCGAUCUUUGUGAACAAAGGAGAGAUUCUUGAUGCUGGUGUCAAUCGCAGUCCUAGUGCUUAUUUAAAUAAUCCUUCUGAGGAGCGAAGCAAGUACAAGUAUGAUGUUGAUAAGGAGAUGACCCUUCUGAAGUUUGUAGAUGCUGAAUGGGGUCCAGUUGGCAGUUUUAACUGGUUUGCGACUCAUGGGACGUCCAUGAGUCGUACAAAUCUGUUGAUAAGUGGGGAUAACAAAGGUGCUGCUGCACGAUUUAUGGAAGACUGGCAUGAUGGGAAGGAUAGCGGGAAUAUAUAUUCUGACGAAUCUCACACAGGAUCUACAGAAAGAAUCCCCAGGCGAAUUUCCAAUAUUAUUCCUGAAUACAACGUUAAGCAUCGUGAACUAUUGGAUCUCGCUGCUUCUUUUCAGGCUUCUUCUAAAAGAGAAGUAACCAAGUUUUCGAGCAUUUCUAGCCGUGUGAGAAGUGCUCUCCGACAGAGUGAUAAACCUAAAUUUGUCGCUGCAUUUUGUCAGUCAAACUGUGGUGAUGUUAGCCCCAAUGUUCUUGGUGCAUAUUGCAUUGACACGGGCCUUCCCUGUGACUUCAAUCAUAGUACAUGUGGUGGGAAGAAUGAACUAUGCUAUGGUCGUGGACCAGGUUACCCUGAUGAAUUUGAGAGCACGCGUAUAAUUGGGGAGAGGCAGUUUAAGAAAGCUGCUGAUCUUUUCAAAACAGCAUCUGAACAGAUAAAAGGGAAAAUUGAUUUUCGACAUACUUACCUGGACUUCUCUAAACUUGAGGUUACGAUCCCUAAAGAAGGAGGUGGCAGUGAGGUAGUCAAAACAUGUCCGGCUGCAAUGGGAUUUGCCUUCGCUGCAGGUACUACAGAUGGACCGGGAGCUUUUGAUUUUAAGCAGGGAGACGACAAGGGAAACCCCUUUUGGAGAUUAGUGCGUAACUUACUGAAAACACCGGGAAAAGAGCAGGUUGACUGCCAACAACCAAAACCAAUUCUACUUGAUACUGGUGAAAUGAAGCUUCCAUAUGAUUGGGCGCCUGCAAUACUUCCAAUCCAGAUCUUGCGAAUUGGGCAAUUCGUUAUCCUUAGUGUACCUUCAGAGUUCACAACAAUGGCUGGUAGGCGUCUUCGUGAUGCUGUGAAGACAGUUCUUACUAGUGAAUCUAGUGGAGAAUUCAAUGGCGGCCUUCAUGUUGUUAUAGCAGGAUUGACAAAUACUUACUCACAGUAUGUAACCACCUACGAGGAGUACCAGGUCCAAAGAUAUGAGGGUGCUUCUACGUUAUAUGGGCCCCACACACAUAGUGCCUUCAUUCAAGAAUUCAAGAAACUUGCUACAGCCCUCGUCCAUGGCCAAAGGGUUGAAUCGGGCCCCCAGCCACCAGAUCUCCUGGACAAGCAAGUGGGCUUUCUUACUCCGGUUGUUCUGGACACGCCUCCCCUUGGUUCAAACUUUGGAGAUUGCAGCACGGAUGUUCCCCGAAAUGCAACCUUUAAGAGAGGUGAUAUGGUGAGCGUUGUCUUCUGGUCAGCCUGUCCAAGAAAUGAUCUCAUGACCGAAGGAACAUUUGCUUUGGUGGAGAUGCUUCUAAAGAAGGACAGUUGGGAACCAGUUUACGAUGAUGAUGAUUUCUGUCUCCGCUUCAAGUGGUCAAGGCCUGCCAAACUCAGCACACGUAGUCAGGCAACAAUAGAAUGGAGGAUCCCACCGAAAGCACUGCCAGGUGUGUAUAGAAUACGGCAUUUUGGUGCUUCAAAGGGACUUUUUGGGUCAGUCCACCACUUUGAAGGUGCAUCCAGUGCAUUUGUCGUAGUAUGA